AUGCUUCGCCAACAUUGUGAAGAUGAAUUUCUCUCCAAUGAAGAAUUGGAAUACUUGGCUGAAGAAACCAUGAUUUCCAUUCGGCCCACUAAAAACCUUCCCAAAAUCAAAAUGAUUACUCAUACCAUUGGUCCCGCUCUCGCCAAUCAGGAAAUUACUGUUCCUCUAUGGGCUGCCAUUCAACUCAAAAAGCUGAAUCAAUGCAAGAUUGUUAUUCCCGAGUGGCUGCGGGUUGAUUGGUUGGAAGAGUCUUCUACCCAAUCAUCCAAAUCACAUGAUUUUUAUCCAAUGCCUCCUCACUUUCUAGAGAUUGGUUACUUGUUGUUGAAAGUAGCAAAGAAUGAUUUUGAUGACAAUCCAGAAGAAAUAUCUUCUCUCUUGAAAACACUCGAAGACAAACGAAGAGACAAUCUCACCGAUGGUCUUACAAAGGGUAUUGGAGAUGUAGAGCCAACAGAUUAUUUCCCUGGUUAUCUUCUCACCAACUUGUCCGAGAUGGAAAUUAAUCGUAUCCGUAAGGCCACUUGCGAAGUGUUGUCCAAGAGAGACCGAUACUAUAGAACUACAUACUCUGGUGAAGCAGCACCCACAGGCGCAUCAUCUCAGACCAAUGAAGACGAUGAAGAAGAUUAA